CCAUCUCUCUUCCUAUUUGAAACAAAACGUAAAGACACCAACGGCAAUAGGAAUAAGUUGAAAAAUCUUCCUGCAAAUGGUGGAACUUCUAGUUUGGUAGCGAAAAAUUCGACAGUUCAUGAGGGGAAAACGAAGCGAAAUGUUAAAAGAGUUUUACCUCCCGAAAUUAUUUCAAAGAUAUUUCGUUUUCUCACUCCAUCCGAACUCCUGACAUGUGCCCGUGUUUGCGAGAGCUGGAGGGUUAUCAGUGAUGAAUCCACAUUAUGGCUGAAUCAUUUGAAUAACUUUCCUCGAUGUGUACGAGAUUCUCUUCUUCCCGACGAAAGAAAGUCGGGAAUAUUUCUGUGGAAACGUGAAAUCAUUCGUAGAACCGUGCUCCACCGUGAUAAAAAAGCAAUGUCUCUCUUGAAGAAAGCUCGACCGUUUAUUGGACAACUCGGAUCACGUGUGUCAUCAGCCAUGGAGAAAUGUUUCAAAUUUCUAUCGCUAAAAUGGCGACUGGAGUUCAUCGAUAAAGAUGGCUGCUCCCACGCAUUUCAUCACGACGACAUGUUUUAUUUUACCUCUUCUUUGACUGCGCGUUGGUUUAAUUUACAGCUUCCAAACAUAUCAAAGUUGAAAUCUUUUUCGAUCUCAGCUAGCACGGCCGUGUUUUAUCACAGAGACUGGACACCACAGAAGAAUAGUGCUAGAAGACAAGCUUUGUUACUUUCCUAUCGAGUCAAAGAUCUUUACCUCUCGAGGAAUAAUGCCACAAGCGACACAACUCUGAUCACUCUUCAUACCAUCCAGCCUGGAUUAAUGUUGGCCGUUUGGAGCGACUCUUGGCAGAAUGGUGGUGAUCUCGCCUGGAUCUCGAUCUGUUUACCAUACUUUCAGCUUAUGGAGAAAAUUUUACAAGCCACGAAAGAAAGUCCCCACGUACCCACUCCUCACAAGCCAAUCUACGAUGACUUGGAUUCGCAAUAUGGACUAAGACGUUAUUCAUUAACGGUAGAGCUGCGUAAUCAACGGAAAAUCAUUUGGUCCAAUCAUUACAGAGAAUUGUAUAGAGAAUCAUUUAAAGACGAAGGUUUGGUGUUACAUAGCGGGCAAGAUGAAGAAGGUGUAUUCGACAUGCACGCAUCGCUCCCAUGGAAAACGACGCUGUUUAAAAACAUUUUAAAUGAUGUGGUCAUUUUGGAUUUGACUUUAAUGGACGAACAUGAAAGACCAUUGUGGGUUGUCAGCUCUGCUGUCAAGAUAAAGAAAGUUGAAGAAACCGAAGUUGAUUACACUGACUGUGGUGGAGUACAUUCUUGCGUCGAAUACAAGGAUGACAGGGGAUUAGUUGGGAUGAAAUUGAUAUGGAUGGAAGACGAUGGACGGACUGUGGUUAAAGAUCUUAAAAUUCUUCUGCCGAAAUCAGUUGUCAAUCGUUGGUUUGGUACAAGUUACUGAAUGCUGCAAUGGCGGUAACAGCUACAUCUCAGGGGAGCUUUGAAGACGACAUGGUCGGUGCUGAUGAGCAACAGCAUGAACGACAUCAACUAUUGAAGAAGAAAUCGUUUGGACUGACGAGCAGAAUAACAAUUCUUGUGCACAUAGAACAGCUAUUAAAAUGUUAAACUGUCGUUACAAGUUCAUGUUAUAGAAAUAUGAAAUGAAAUCAUUGA